CUUAUUUUCUGCUCUGUUUGACACUGGGAAAAGGUCCAGUGAAAGCCCAACUGUAACAAGAUGGGAUCUGCCUCCUCAACUUACCGGCCCAAGUGUAUUUAUUUGGAUAUUGAUGGAAGAAUUCAAAAGGUGAUCUUUAGUAAAUAUUGCAACUCCAAAGAUAUCAUGGACCUCUUCUGCAUUGCAACAGGGUUACCAAGGAACACAACAAUCUCCCUUUUGACGGCAGACAAUUGUAUGGUAUCCAUUGAUCCGACAAUGCCUGCAAACUCCGAGAGGUCUCCAUACAAAGUGAUACCUGUUGCCACUGGGCAGCUCUCAGAGAAAGAAGAAUUGUUCCAGAAUUUAUUGGGACAGAUUGCUGAGCAGUUCUCCAGGGUUUUUAAAAUCAAUGAACUGAAAACGGAAGUAGCUAAUCACUUGGCAAUGCUGGAGAAAAAGGUUGAAUUGGAAGGCCUGAAAGUAGUGGAGAUUGAGAAAUGCAAGAGUGACAUUAAAAAGAUGAGGGAGGAAAUGGCAGCAAGAAACAGCAGGACUAACUGUCCCUGCAAGUACAGCUUUUUGGACGAAAACAAGAGGCCGACUCCCCGGCGGGAUGUACCAUCCUACCCAAAGUACAUGCUGUCCCAGGAGACCAUUGAAGCACUUCGGAAACCAACCUUUGACGUCUGGCUGUGGGAGCCCAAUGAGAUGCUGAGUUGUUUGGAACAUAUGUACCAUGAUCUUGGGUUGGUAAAAGACUUCAACAUCAAUCCUAUCACGUUAAAAAGGUGGUUGCUGUGCAUUCAUGACAAUUACAGAAACAACCCCUUUCAUAAUUUCCGGCACUGCUUCUGCGUGACCCAGAUGAUGUACAGCAUGAUCUCGCUCUGCAGCCUCCAGGAGAAAUUUUCCCAAAUUGACAUCUUGAUUCUCAUGACUGCAGCAGUAUGCCAUGACUUGGACCAUCCAGGCUAUAAUAAUACCUAUCAGAUAAAUGCACGAACUGAGCUUGCAGUACGCUACAAUGACAUCUCCCCACUGGAGAACCACCACUGUGCUGUGGCUUUCCAGAUCAUUUCCCAGCCGGAAUACAACAUUUUCUCCAAUGUCGACCAGGACCAAUUUAAACAGAUAAGACAGGGGAUAAUUACGUUAAUCCUGGCUACAGACAUGGCGAGACAUGCAGAAAUACUGGACUCUUUCAAGGAAAAAAUGGAAAAUUUUGAUUACUCAAAUGAAGAACACAUGACCUGUCUGAAGAUGGUACUGAUAAAAUGCUGUGAUAUCUCCAAUGAAGUCCGCCCGAUGGAAGUAGCUGAGCCCUGGGUAGAUUGCUUAUUAGAAGAAUAUUUUAUGCAGAGCGACCGAGAAAAAUCCGAAGGGCUUCCAGUGGCACCGUUCAUGGACCGCGAUAAAGUGACCAAGCCGACAGCACAGAUUGGCUUCCUCAAGUUUGUUCUCAUCCCCAUGUUUGAAACAGUAACAAAGCUGUUUCCAGAAGUGGAGGAGGUGAUGCUCCAGCCCCUUUGGGAAUCCAGGGACCGCUAUGAGGAAUUAAAACAGAUAGAUGAUGCUAUGAAAGAGUUGCAGAAGAAGAAAAGUGAAAAUUUGACCACCGGCAGUACCGAAAAGUGAGACAAAAGAGCCUUUGAGCAAAAGAUAAGCCUUAAGGUUAUUCUGGUUUUGAGAAAUGCUAUAUUUGCCAAACAGACAUGGUGGCUACAUCAAAAUCCAACUGAGACUAUGUAUGCGGAGAGGUGGCAGGCACGCAUGCCCUGCCUGCCUGUCUGCCUGCCCGGACGCCUUGUCUACAGCCUGCAGCCUGCUCACACAGGCGCUGCCGCCGUCAGGCACCGAGGGCUCCCCUUGCUCCGGCACACCCAUAGCAGCCCCCUCGGCAGGACUAACCCUGCGGACAUUGCACAGGUUGCAGCACGGCUCAAAUCUUCAGCAGAUUUGCCUUUUUGUGGAGUCAGUCUGUAAAGACAAAGCGGAGUUUUAGCUAAGGAGCCUUUUCAGGAAAAUGAUCCACUGGCAUCCGAAAACAAAAGGAAAAGUUGUUUUAGUCACGCUACUACAUAUAUGUGUACAGCAGUAUGCUACUUACAGCGUAGCUUAACAGAUGCUUAUAUUCUGACAGGGGUCCUGGCAUAUAUUUUUGUUUGCCUAGUAGGCCCUAAUGACACAUUUCUCUGUAUUAUUCUCUGAAUUUUAUAGUGUUCAUAGUACAUUCAGAAGCCCAGCAUAGUGGAUGAAAUUUUCUUUGUUUUCUACACUAGAAGAAAUCAGAAGGAACCUUAGUGAGUUUGCAGGUUCACUUUGUUGCCUGGUACAGCUAGAUGGCACGGGAUCCUUUGGCACAAGCAAGGAAGGGAGCACAAAGCUGAAACCACUGUGCAAGCGUAUUUUUAUCCUCGUGGAUGCAAAAAGCAACAACAAGAAAAACCUUCAAAGAUGUACAGAUUUUUUUUACUUCUAAACUGAUCUGCUAAA